AAAGCAUGGCCACCUCAGUAAGCGCGGUUUUUCUUAAUGUCUAGAAAUCCCUCGUUGUUGAGAGUCUCGAGGUGUUCUGAUCUCCUUUCGUUGUUCUGAAGGCUCGUCCGGCGAUGGAGUUAGGGAAUUGGAAUUACUGAGACACCACCGGCAGGAAAGAUGCCCCGGCGGAGGUAAUCCACAGGGCGACCAGUGCUUAUGCGGCCAAUCUCCGCGGUGUAGGAGGUCACAUAAACAAAGCCACCCGCGAUGUUGACAAACCUCUCGGACACGGAUACUUUGUCACCAACAUGUCCUUCAAGAUCGUAAUUUCUGGUGUCACUGGUCGCAUCGGUGCGCAUGUAUUGCAUCACGCGCUACGAAAUCCACUCGUAUCGACGGUUAUCGCAUUGUCACGACGGCCCCCACCCGGGAUCGAGACGCACGCUAAGCUCGAGGUAGUGCUGCUUGAGGACUUUACAAAAUACCCCGAUGAUGUGCUUGCGAAGCUGUCCGGAGCAGACGGGUGCAUCUGGUGUAUGACAACGACUGCUGGUAAUCCUGUGUUAGAAUUAGAGUAUCCCAAGGCGUUCGCUGAGGCGUUUGCAUCGACAAUGCCAGUCGGCGCAAAGCCCUUUCGGUAUUUACACUUGUCAGGUGGCAUGGUUGAACGCGAUCAAGACAGGUCAUUAUGGAUGAAAGGCUCCAUGCGCAAGACCAAAGUAGGCGAUUCUUUUCGUUCUAUAGACCACGCGCGUAUAUUGCAGAUAGAAUGAUCCGAAACAAGCUGCCAAAGUGCUGACUUUGCAAAGGGCCGGGGCGAAGUUCAGAUGGUCGACUUUGCAAAGACCCACGAGAACUGGAUCACGAUCGUAGCUCGACCAGGCAUGGUCGUACAGAGAGGUAGUAUU